CCCAGUGACACACACCUCACUUAACGGGUUUGGCAAGCAGUUAUUUUCUCUCAAAACACGUCGGGCAGCUGAGUGAGUGGGAUGACAGUGCAAAGAAAGCAGACGAAGACAUCACCAUGCUGAGGACUGACCAGCUGGUCUAUAUUGUCCUGGAGCUGGCGAUCGCCUGCCUGGCUGUGGCUGGAAACAUCCUGGUGUGCUGGGCCGUCUGCCUCAACUCCAACCUGCAGAGCAUCACCAACUUCUUUUUGGUGUCCCUGGCUGUGGCUGAUAUCGCUGUAGGGCUGCUGGCAAUUCCUUUCGCCAUCACCAUCAGUAUCGGCUUCUGUGCAAACUUCUAUGGCUGCUUGUUCAUCGCCUGCUUCGUGCUCGUGCUCACCCAGAGCUCCAUCUUCAGCCUUCUGGCCAUCGCUGUGGACCGUUACAUCGCCAUCAAGAACCCGCUCAGGUACAACAGCCUGGUGACAGGGCAGAGGGCGAAGGGCAUCAUCACCCUGUGCUGGGUCCUCUCCGUGGGCAUCGGCCUGACUCCGAUGCUGGGCUGGAACUCAGCCGCCACCGCGAACAGGAGCAGCAGCAGCUGCCCUAAAGGCCUGUGCGAGUGCCUGUUUGAAGGAGUGGUCACCCUGGACUACAUGGUCUAUUUCAACUUCUUUGGCUGUGUGCUGGUACCUCUGCUGGUCAUGCUGGUCAUCUAUGCCCACAUCUUCAUGGCUGCGCGGCACCAGCUCAGAGUGAUCGGUCUCAAAGCUGUGCACACGCCCGCUCUUGCGGUGAUAUCCUCGCCUUUGAGCUCACCUCGCUCCACCCUGCAGAAGGAAGUGCGGGCUGCCAAGUCACUGGCCAUUAUUGUGGGGAUGUUUGCCUUUUGCUGGCUUCCACUGCACAUCAUCAACUGUUUCAACCACAUGUGUCAGGACUGCAGUCGCCCACACAUCUGGGUGAUGAACAUCGCCAUCAUCCUCUCCCAUGCUAACUCUGUUGUGAAUCCCUUCAUCUAUGCCUACCGCAUUCGGGAGUUUAGGCAGACGUUCCGGAGGAUCCUGUCCCAGCACAUCCUGGGACAGGGGGAUGUGCAUGGGCUUGGGGUUGGGCAUAGUGACGACAGAGGUGUUAGUAGCAGCAGGAGCAGCAUCAUUGGACCUUCAUCCUUUUCCCGCACCAGUAAAGAGACAUCAUGUGGCACUGUAGUAAACAAUUACAUCCUAGACUCUGGUUCCAAACAGACAAAAGCCAACCAGGAGGCAUCUUGCCACUGGACCACAAAGUUAGACUCUGCACCAGGUGGCCACACACUCAACGGUCACCAAAUACAAAGCAGUUCACUAACACAGCCGCUGCCGUGCAUCAUGGGACUUGCUGCGCAGGAUAGAAAAGAGUCAAUCACAUAUUUUGGAGUAACAACAGACAGUGGGAGUGGCAUCACUUUUGUGAAUGUUCACGCUGGCUCUUUAAAACAGAUGGACUGCGCCUGCUGUGCAGAGCUUACAGAAGUCUCAUGACAAAGAGAUUUAGGAUAUAUAAACUGUGUUUCUAACGCCAUAAAAUAUAUAAAAUUCUGCAAAUAUGAGAAUACGAAGGAUGAGCGAAACAGCAACAGAUCAACAGCAGCAGCAAAGCUGUUUUUCCUCUUUCGGUUGUCAUCUUGUUUUGCUUUGUUAUUUUGUUCAAAACCCGGAUCUCUGAUUUGGAUUAAAUCUACAAGAAAAUACAGAAAUGUGCUCAUGCUUACAUUUUCCCACAAGAAAAUCCCUUUUUGUAGGUGUCUUUUAAACAAUUUGCAUCUUGGAGUGCAUAAAAGUACAUUCAACUGCCUGGUAUCCACUGUAUAUGUUUUUAAACCCUGAAAUCCACGAUAAUAUUGCAUUAUUUUUUACAUGGUCAUCUGUGUUAUUUAUAACCACUGGAGAGUUAGUUAUGUCUGUAAUACUCAGUUGUUCACUUUUUAAUGAGGUUUAUUCAAGAUAAUUGUGACUAUUGGACUGAGUGAUACGAGCGAGCUUGGGGAAAACAAUGAUGUUUGACAGCUAUUUCAAGGUGUGCACUAUCUCUUGUGUAUAGAUCUGUUGAAAAGUCAUUUCUCAAACUGCUGGAUGGCCAAAGAACACCUGAUGAUGCUGGUUUGAUAACUGCCGGGCAACACGUGUCUGUUGCUGCCUCAACAACAACUAAGUGACAUAUGAUUCAGAGGCACUGAGCCAGUUACCACACAUCCAAAACAAAGCUUUCUUGAUCUAUUCAAAUAUCAGCCCAUAUGCUUGUAGUACACACACAUACGCACGCCACAGACGACUCUACAGGAGGUGUUUACAGAGCGGCCUGGCUGCUGACGCCAGUCAAUGGGCCUAAUGCAAUGGAAAUCAAAUGAAGGUUCAUUUGAUGAUGUCUUUUAUUAUGCCAUUAUGCCUUCGCUCUCCUCAUUUAGAGGCCCUUUCACUGCAGGACCUGCAUUAAGCAACACUUGUGUGCUUUCCAGAAAUCCAGGAAAAAGCAUAUAUGGGUAUGUUUCUAGCUCACGUACUGUGUAUUUAUUGAAUGAGUAUAUACAUAUCAGUUGUUUAUUACACUUUGUGGCGUUUUACAGCCGUAUGCAAAUCAAUAAAGCCAUUU